UGAACACACGAACGUACGCGCUGGGAACAGAAACGCCAACACGCGGGGAUCUGCCCUCUCUCCACCCGCGCACCCCCAAACGUCCCUAAGAUGUAUAAUUGGCGCUAAAGAGAAGCUGCGAUCUUUAUCUGCAGCGAGUGGUUUCCAAGAGGGAGGGUUGGCAGGAGAUCCAGCAGGAGAUGGGGUUCAAGAAGCCGGAGGGGGCGCCGGAGCCGGAGAAGCCGGACCCGCAGGUGCUAGUGCCGCCCGUCUUCGACUUCCCUCCCAUUGAAGCCCGCACCAGGAUGUUAGUGCCAGCUUAUGAGCUCAUGUUUGGAAAGCUUGCACGACGCAGCCUCUUUGAUGACUACCUCAAUCAUUCUGGGGGUAUAGAUGCGCAGAUUAUGUUGAAGCAGCUGGGAGAUUCUCAUGUUGAUCUGACUGCCACCAUGUCUACAAAUGGCGGGGAGGCUCACUUUCGAUGGCAGAGGGACUUGGACGAUCCCCAUACAUUUGUUGACCUUCUCGUGUCAACUUCAAAACCCACAAUGCAGCUGUCUUCAUGUGUUUACCAUCCGAAGUAUCGCAUUGGCGCCUUUGGGACGGUCCCUUUGAUUAUGGCAAACAGGGCAUGCUCAGAAGAUUAUGGUGUCAUGGGUUUAAGAUAUGGUUCAGAGAAUCUAUCAGUUGGGGCGUCCUUUGUCCCAUUUUGUUUGUCUAGUGAGGUACCUUAUGGUGCAUGGUUUGUUGGGAGAAAAGGCAAUUUAAGUGCAGGCAUGCAAUACAAACCACUAGGUGGAAGCAAGCAUCCUAUGCCUUUUACAGACUUGAAGAACUGGAAUUGUGCUAUCAGUUAUGGUGUGGGCUCAACUAGCCCACUCAGCCCUUCAUUUACUUUUGCCCUAGAGCUUGUUCGAAGAUCGCAGCUGGUUGCAUCAUUCUAUCAGCACCAGAUUUUUGGAAAGGUACUAAAAUAUCGUGGUGGACAUGACAUCAUUGGAACUUUAAACUACAUCGAUCUUGGGCUUGAGCUGUCCACAAGGGUGGAUAAAGACAAACCAACAGAUGAUGUUGACAAUUCCAUGUUUCAGAUAGCUGCAGGUUGGCAGCUUGAUACAAACUUACUUGUAAAGGGGAAGUUAGGCCCGUCCAAAUCUUCUGCAGCAUUGGCAUACAAGUUUCCACCCUUCUUUACCUGUAGUUUCACAGUUGAAAAUGAUCAUUUCAAAGGUACGAGAUCAUAUGGAUUGGGAAUUCGUGUGGAGGAUCUCAGAGAACCCAGUUACAAAACACUUAAUCCAGAGUAUACGGUCUUGAAACAAUACGAGAGGGACUUGGAUGGGAAGAAGCGUGUCCUCCAGUUUGACGCUUGCCCAGGCAACUAUGACCAUUUACCACCAGGGCUGAAGCCUAUUGACAAAGUAUUGUAAGCUGGAGGCUCUUACAAUCGUCCGCGCCUACAGUUGUGAAGGUUGUUUCAUUAGUUUACUAUAACUGCAUCGAUAAGGACAAGUAUUUGAUGGGAUAAAGUGUCUUGUUAACCUCUUUUUAUAUGAGUGUCUUGUUAGUCUGAGAAGACAAUGUUUUCGUAAGCGUUGUCUAACAAACGUUUUAAAAUUAGUUAACUGUCUGCA